AUGCUAAGUUCACGUUUCGGGGCGACGCCGAGGGCUUCGAUUACCUCGUUAUCCUUGCCACUGGCUCAUGCAUGUGAUCAAGAAGCAGCCGAAGAGACGAAGGUAGCUCUAACAACAUCAAACGUAUUCUCAAGACGAUUAACAUCGUAUAUCAGCGCGUCUUCCGCAGAAGAUCCAAAUCCUAAUGUCGAUCGCAACUUCCGACUGCCCCAUCUAGUUUCCAGAAGGAGUCGCAGUACAGUGGCUGAGGUUGGAGAAGACGCUUAUAGCAAUGACGGCAAACCAUCAGGGGAUAAGUAUGACCGUCGGCACUUCAAAGACAUUCGGGGUAUAUCUCGCACUGCUCUAGAACGCUUGGUACUCUAUCUUAUCGAUCUGAAAGAAGAACUUCCCUUUAGCAGCUGUCGCGUCAUGCAACGAAAAGAGGGAUCUUUUCACCAUGCAGUGUUCUUGAUGAUCGAGGACAGUCACCAAGUCACGCAAGAGUACGUUCUCAAAAUUCCUGCACAUGGCACGCGAGGCGAAUGGCAGAUCAACGAUAACGUGGCUCUGAAGAGUGAGGCUCAGCUGAUGCAACACAUCUGGCAUCACACAAACUGCCCAGUGCCAGAGGUUAUCGCAUAUGAUGGGAGUCUCGAGAAUGCGAUAGGCGCACCAUACAUUCUCAUGAAGAAAAUGGACGGCAUCUCUGCAAUGGACAUGUGGAUCGGUCAGCCCUACAAGACGACGAUCAGCACAAAAGUACACCUAAAUGCCGACGAUCCUUUACCGGAGUUGGAACAGAAGCGCAUUACGUUCCUGCGCUCUCUUGCGCGAGCUAUGAGCGAACUUGCGCCGCUGGAGUUUAAGUAUACUGGUAUGCCUGCCUUCUUCGACCCGAAAGAUAAGCUGCCGAGUUACAUUGGUCCAUUUUGGCGAUGGCAUACAAAGACUGUCAUGGACAAGCUUGCAUCUGAAGGGUCAUUCGAUACCAGCGAAGCCUUCUUCACUGCUGGCAUAGAUAGGGUGAAUAGUGCGGAGCGCAGCUCAUCUGGUACCCACGACGUGGCGAAGAUUGGUGUUUGGAUAGUGAUGAGAAUGGUGAUGUCGUCGGCUCCCUUUGCAACAACAGAGUCAUCGCAUAGUAAGCAAACCCAAAGCGAAGACGUUAGCAACGGCGUACCAAUACGCGAAACAUUUGUCCUUCGGCACGUCGAUCUCGAUCUCCAGAACAUCCUGGUAGACGAAGAUGGCAACGUUACUGGUAUAGUUGACUGGGACGGGUGCGCAGCCGUGCCACACUGCCUUGGUUAUGCUUCAAUGCCCACGUUUCUCCGACGCGACUGGCUCCCAAACUAUGAUAUAUCACGGCUGCCACAUCUGUCCUGGUCGCUGGAUCGCUACCGAGAAUUGUACGCCCAAGCUAUGGAAGAAGUUUGCAAGUCUUCGGACGCGAAGUACACGCGCAAGUCGCCCAUGUAUCAACUGGUAUCAGCUGCACUGGAUAAGGAUGCUGAGUGGAUCGAUGUUGUUGAGGCGCUGCUGCACGAUAUGCCAGAGUUUAGACGUGUUGAUGCGCAUGCGUUUUGCCGGAGGCUGGGGCAUGGAUGGCCGGCUGCAGAAGAGGCGUUAAAGGCAAAGAUCACAAAGUGGUUGAAGCCUCAGUGAAAGCAGCGGUGUAGGUGACAUCGCGAAUACCUAGGUAACGGAGGCUGGGAAAGUGGUAUGCUUCUUCUGCUUGGACUGACAGCGGUCGUCGCAUUAUCAUGCGUAUCCUGAUAAUUCAUAGGUGAUGAUACGCGUG